AGCCGCAAGGGGCCUAAUGAACGAAAUUUUUACAUUGAGUUGCCUAUCUAUUUCUACUAUUAUAUUAUUUAUCUAUGGCGUCUACCGUCUACACUCUACAUUCUUUGUUUAUAUCUCUGAUAUAAGGAAAUUGGCCAUGUCAGUUCGAAGGUUUCUCUUAAAAUUUAUUUAUAGUGAUUUUGCUUUUUGGAUGUAAAUAUAAAACUGAAAUUGGUAAAGUAAAAUCAAAUUUUAUAACAUGGAAAUAAAACCAGAAGCUAGUAAGAGAACUCGUAAAAUGGAAAUAGAUAAUGACACGUGUUUUGGUCCUUUGGAUGCCUUCAAAAUGGAAAUUAAGGAAGAACCCAAGACAGAAACUGCAUAUGACGCAUUUAUGGGCUUAAAUGAAUUCGCUGUAAACACUGAAGUAGAACAAGAUGAAGAAAAACACACAAUAAAUCAAGAAAGUUGUUUCCAGGAGGAGAAUAAAAUAAAAAUUAUGGAAACGUUACAUUCGUCUCAUAAAGAAAAAAAUACAGAUGAACACGUUGAAGGAAAAAUAUUAAAUAAAAAUAUGAAAGUUAUGACUGGACAGAGACCUUACAAAUGUGAAAUUUGUUUCAAGCAGUUUUCUCAAAUAAAGAGUAUGAAAAGACAUUUGAAAACGCACACUGGAGAAAAACCUUACGAGUGUGAAAUUUGUUUUAAACAAUUUAUUCAAACACAUAAUUUAAAAAGACAUUUGAAAACGCACACUGGAGAAAAGCCGUUGAAAUUUGUUUUAAACAAUUUAUUCAAGCACAUAAUUUGAAAACACAUUUGAGAGUGCACACUGGAGAAAAACCGUAUAAGUGUAAUAUUUGUUUUAAGCAGUUUGGAGAAGCACGUAUUUUGAAAACACAUUUGAUGGUACACACUGGAGAAAAACCGUACAAGUGUGAAAUUUUUUUAAAGCAGUUUAUUAAUACAAGUCAUUUAAAACAGCAUUUGAGAGUGCACACUGGAGAAAAACCGUACAAGUGUGAAAUUUGUUUAAAGCAGUUUGUUAAUAAAAGUCAUUUAACACAGCAUUUGAGAGUGCACUCUGGAGAAAAACCGUACAAAUGUGAAAUUUGUGUUAAGCAAUUUGGGCAAGCAAGUCAUUUGAAAAAGCAUUUGAGAUUACACACUGAAGAAAAAUCGUAAAAGUGUCAAAUUUGUGUAAAGCAGUUUAUUAUAAAUGGUUUGAAACUAUAUUUGAAGGCGCUCUAGAGAAAAACCGUACAAGUGUUAAACUUCUAGCAGUUUGUUAUUGAAGGCAGGGGCGGCGUUGGGCGUGGGCGACGUUUGCUACAGCCCACGGCCUUGCGGUCCGAGAGGACUCGCGCCAUGGAGAUUUAUGUAUUACUUAAACCUAAGCCAUGAACGCUUCGAAAAAAGUGCUUGUGUCGCUAUCACUCGCGAUAAAUCCCCGCUGCAAUGCACGUCACCACUGGCCUAAAAAAAAGGUAUUCCCCUAAAAUUUCGUUCCUAUCGCUAGCGAAGAAUUUCCGCUGCACCUCGCCGCUAAAAACAAAAUAGGGUAUUCCCCGUUAACUGGUGAAGUGAUUCGCAAAUUAAAAUAUUAUUCUUUUUUGCUUGAGACUGUAGUAAAGUAGAACAAAUGUCUGUGGUCUUAAGAUUUUGUAAUAGAAUAGAAUAAUACUUUAUUGGAUUUCUUGCUGUAAGUGAGACAACAGGCGUAAGGCGAACUAGAAAAGAAUUCCUUAGAUAUUCAAAACUGCCUUGGCCAAGGAUACGACAAUGGCGCAAAUAUGGUAGGCAUAAAAACUGGAGUCAAAACUAGAAUAUUAAAUAUAAAUCCUAAGGCAUUUUUUACACAUUGCGGUUGAUAUAGCUGGAAUCUGCUGUUGAUAGAUGCCGCUAAUUCUUCGGUGACACCAAAAACAUUGUUUGGUUUAUCCAAAAAAUUCAUUUGCUGUUUUCGAGUUCCAGCAAACGCUGGGAAUUGGUCAAGAUAAAUUAAAACUUAACUUACCAUGAAGCAUUUAUUGGACAUGAGAUGGGAAAGCAGAAUCGAGGCAGUUAAGUCCAUACUAUUUCAAUUUGAUGAUCUUGUAGGAUGCAUAGAAAGUUUUAAAAAUCAAACAGAUCAAUCAGACACUCUCAAUGAUUGUGACGGUAUUAAUCGAAAUGCCUAGUUUAGAAUUUGUAAUAUCUUUACAUAUAUGGUAUGAAUUGUUAUCGUGUGUUAAUGUGAUAAGCAAACUAUAGCAACCUGUACCAUUUUAGCAAAUACUAUAGCAAAGUCCAUUUGAGCAUUACCUUUAAACAUUUGAAUACAUUUUGUGACUGGAUCAAAGAAUAUCGUCAAACUGGAUUUGAAAAAUGCUUGUCUGAUUCUCAAAAAUGUAUUGACAGAAGCUGUUAUGAUCUGCCAACCGAAGUUAAAAACAAGAGUAGCGAAGAAGAAAAGAGUCUUUGAUUAUUAGGUCGAGGACCAACCUAUACAGUGUCCCAAGAGCCAAUAUGAAUCAAAUUUUUUUAACACUAGGCUUGAUUCAAUUAUGGACUUGAGAUUUAUGGCUUUAAAUUACUAUCAUGAAAAUUUCGGUUUUCUGUAUAAAUAAAUUAAAAAAUAUUCCAGACGAACAAAUAUUAAAAAAUGGUCAAGAUUUACACACAGUCCUACCAGUGGGUGAUAGCAGUGACUUUCAACCUUACAAAUUAUAUGAAGAAUUACAAAUAACGAUCCCUAAUUUACCUAACUUUAUAACAGACGUGAAACAGUUGCUUCAAUACAUUACAGAUAAUAACUUAAAAGAAAUAUGGCUAAAUAUUUACAUUGCCAUUAUAAUAUUAUUAACAAUACCAAUUAGUACAGCCUUCGCUGGAAAGAGUUUCUCAAAAUUAAAACUCAUUAAGAAUUAGUUAAGGUGUGCGGUCGAAAUUUUAUAUAUAGAGGCUGAUAUAAUACCCAAACUAGAUUACGAGCACGUAAUUAAACAAUUCAGUAGUAUAAAAAGGAAAAAAAAAUCUGUUAAUGUAAUACUUAAAUUGUUUUUUAACGUUGAUAGAUUUGACUAGAUUUUGCAUUAAAAGUUUAAUAAUG